AGUUUACAAGGGUUGUGUCUCAAAACCUACUGCACAUCUGCACCGUGUUCUAGAAAGAACUUUAUUCUGCGCCCCAAUGAUGUCUAAAAUGCUGUCUAGAUAGGCACCUCACUAGGUAUUGAGACACGGCCACUCUUCAGCUGAUAAAAACUCUUGAACUGGAAACUCACAUCUCAGACGUCUGUUAUGUUUUCACUCUGACGCUUUUUAUUAUUACUAUUUUUUAUGUUCAACGCCCGUUGUUUAUUUCGUGUAUUAUUGUUGUGUUUGUGGAAAUGAAAGGGUUUUCUUUGCUUAUCUAGACAAAUAAGCCGUGAGCAGCUCUGAGUUGAGCUGUGAAAACUGAAGAGCGAGUCAGAUUUUCCAAUAGCUCAUUUCUGAAAAGCACGCGAGCUCCUUUUCUGCCUGCUGAUCUAUAAUAGUCUGUGAGUAUCACCAGUAUGCUGUUGCUCCAGGACAGAAUGAGAAGGACUUGUUUGUCCUGGUGCCUGUUCCUGCUGUUUGUCUGGUACCCAGCGGGCAGCAUAGUGACAGAGCUUGAGCUGGAGGAUACGUACCGGGACUGGGACUUGGGUUCUGGGUUACACGAACUCCUAAACAGCUUUCCAGCUGAUAGUCCAUUUGUCAGAGAGGCGCCUGGCAGGCCGGCCAACUGCACUCAGCGCUUCUGGCUUCCUCCAUCCUCCCCUGUGUGCUGGGAUGAUAUAGCAGGCCCAGAGGAGUUUGAGAAGUCCCGCCUUCUCGUGCUGCAGAACAGGGCCGCCCUGCAGGCUGUAUCCACAUCUAGUGGUCUCGAGGAAGGAGGUGCGUCCUAUGAUCAACAGGCCAGGGAGAACAUGCAGGGCAUCCGGGCUGACCAUCUCGCUGUGGCCCAGACCGCUGAUACAAUGCAGAAGGUGUUCAUGGAUUUAGAUGAGAAGAGGAAGGAGGGGAAAGAGCAUUAUACCUUCUCAAGUCUGAAGGAGCAAACUGACAACACGAAAGACUCCAUUGCUAAAAAGGAGCAAGUAGCAGCUCUUCUAGAGAAACAUCUUGCCAAUCUGGAGAGGUCUUUGAACACUAUGCAGCUUCGACUGUCCAAACUACUUCCCCAGUAAUUUCAUUUGAGCAGCACAACCUACACAUGUAGAAAAUACUAUAAUGCAUGUUUUAUUAUAACACUUUCUCAAACAAACAAGGCUUGUAUGAUCAUGUACUGCAUGCCAACAGCACCCUGUUUUUCUCUUUUGGUGCAUAUCUUCCUCUUGUUUUUUUUAUGGAAUAAAUAAUAGGUAAUGGAAAUAAAAUAUAUUUUUAUUUCCCCAAACUAUAGACUGUUCCCUACGAAUGUAAGGUACAAUUAUAUUACGCUUAAUAAAAAAACACAACAGUUCACUUUCAAAUGUUUCACACGUCAUAGAUUUUGACUGACUGCCAUAUUGAAAAUAAGAUUAAAGUAAACACAUAAUCAGCAAAAGUAUUUAUUCAAAAUACAAAAUUCUAACUGUUCAAGCAUUUAAAAACUCUACAGUGCACUAUAUAAAUCUUAAGCUGCAGUCCAGAGUCAAGUAUUAAACACAUUUUUAUCACCAGUGGUUAAAAUGUUAAAGCAUAGUCAUGAAAUAUAUCUCUAAGAUACGUUUCACCCCCUUAGAAAAUCAUUUUACGUAUGCAUAUGAGCAAGGUCUUAUUUCACAUUGAAUGAAAUGGACUGGACAGAUGUUUGGAUCUUCCCUAAACAUACAAAUCAUGGUGUCAAGCAUAAAUAAAACCCCAAUGAUGCAUGACGAAACACCAUAUAACCUGGUUUCCAGGACUCCGAGUGGUUCAGCUGUGAAUCUAUUGGACA